AUGGCCACCAACACCAACACCCCAAAUGCACCGCCCUCCGCGACACCAGCAACAACCACAACGGCAACGUCGCACGAGCAUGCCUACCAAUCUCAAUCUCAAUAUCAGUCCACCGACCCAACGACCUCCCCCUCCGCCAGCGCGUCGCAGAAACUCGCGGGGGACGUGAAAGGCGCGGCGGCGGGCGUGGGAGGCGGCAUUCAAGCGGCGACGGGGACGGUAUUGCGGAAUGAUGCUCUCGCGGAACGUGGAUUCGAGAAGAUGAGCCAUGAGGACGCGAGGCUCGCGGCCAAGAAGGGAGAGGUGCCUGUUGGUGCCGAGAGGAGGAGUCGAGUCGAAGGGCUUGGGAGUCAGGCUGUGGGUGAUAGUAAUGGUGGUGGAGGUGGCGGUGGAGACAGGCAAUUGUAG